GUUGGUUCGAAACUGGAUCGCCGAACCCUGCAGCAAUGGCAUGCCUCGCAUGCUGUAGCUGCAGCCGAUCGAUGGAUGGUACAGUACAUAACCAUCGACGUGGCGUGGAAUUGGGGGUGCCAUGGCCACAGAUUUUGUGGUGCUCCCGUGCUGGGACCUGGAACUGCAGCUGAUGAUGCCGCGUAAGGUUCUAGGGCAGCCGAGAGGCUCAGUCAGGAGUCAGUGGCACUUCAUCAUCAGCAUGCAGUAUGCAGCAUGCAGGACUCACACUACCCUCCUCCAGGGGCUCCGGGGGCUUCGUUGCCCUCGCAUUGGACCACCGAUGUGGAGAUCCGACCUGCACAAGUGCGGAUAGCGGAGUUAUAGUUGCAACACCUUGCCUAAAGGCUCUAGGCCGCGGGUCUUGUUGUUGUUGGGUGGUCCAUCAUGUGUCGUCACAGAGGGGCAGGAACACCUCGUGUCGGAGCUGGACUGUGUGGCCGAGACUCAGCCUGUACCGCCCUUUCUCCCUUUCUCUCCUGGUACUAAUUAGAGGAGUUCUGGCCGGCUGCUUGAGGAAAGAGUCUCCUGCUCAACCUCUUCCCCCCCCCCCCUUUUUCUUUUUUCUCCUUCCUGUCUCGCACUGUCCUCCUCAAGCCUCAAGCACAAUCGUUCGUUAUGCCUCGGCCAUUCCUACCACUCCUUUCCAAGACCGAACUCGCUUCGACCUCUACAUACCCACAAAGCUCCUCCUCCGAAGAACCCAAGCCGGAGAGCACGAAGCGCAAAUGGGAUGCUUCCUCAGAAUGCUGUCCAUGCUCAUCUUCUUCGCCGCUGCCACCGCCCUCGCGGCACCGGCGAUGGACUCCCAUCAACCCGCCAACAGACACGCAAUCCGUUCCCUCUCGGGAGCCGAAGCGGCAAGGACCGCUGAUAACAAAACCCGCGCCGCCGGAGAGUCCGGCAAGAUGGCAGACCGAGACAUCAUCCCGGGGGUCCUCACGGCCCUCGACGACACCGCCCACAGGGCCAGCAUCGCCAGACGGCCCAGCCCUCCCGGAGACGCCGCCGACAACGACGUCGUCGACGAUUUCGAACGCCUCCUCCAAGUCAUUGCCGGACACGUCGACCGCAUGCGCCAGCAAUCCUCGCGGGCCGACGACGACAACAACGACACCGACGACACGACCGCCAAUGGCGGCGGCGGCGGCGGCCCCGGACGAGUGGAAGCUGCCCCGUCUCCGGCCCUCGCCCCCGCUCCCGUCGUCAUAAACUACGACGCCAUGUUUCCCGACCGCGCGCCGCCGGCCCAGGGAUGGUCAUCACAACACAAGGGCGACAACGCUGACGACGGCGGCGGUGGCGACGGCAGCGGAAACACCAACUUCAACAUCACGUGCAAGGGCAUCAGCGUGUGCAACCCCGUGACGGUCGUCAACGGGGGGGUUAGGGGAGGAGGAAGCAGGAGGAUCCGGCUGGACAGGUUCGGCAGCAGGGCGAGGGCGGCCUGGCGGCGCAAGAAGGCGGAGAAGCAGCAGCGGCUGAAGACGCAGCGGAAGCAGGAGGGCGCGACUUAGGAGGACGAGGAGGGCUGUCCCCUGUGUCGGUGCUGCUGUCGUCGUUGUUGCUCAUUAUGAUGAUGAUAGAUGUGUGUGGUUGGGGUCUGUUCUGCGGCAAAAAGAAGAAGAAAAAAUUACCAGGACGGAGAGUUUGCAACUCCUGUGCCAUGGGCGUUUUUUUUUUUUCCCCUUCGUUUUCUCUCCCUUUUCGUGGGGAUGCAAGAUUAGUGAGAGUAGGGGGUAGAUAUUAGUCCAAUAUCUCUUGUUGCUCCGCCCUGGGACUCCUCAAAUGCCUCGAGUGGGAGACGAGGCCUCACCCUC